AUGGUGGUAUACUCGAAUGUCAAUUCUGAUCAGCCAUAUUUUGAUAUGGAAGCUUUGAAAGAGAACAUCAAAGCAGGUUUGAACAGGAUUCCGGUCGAAAAGCGAGCUAGACGUUUGACGGAGGCAAUCGAUUACCUCAUUCAUGGUGGACCCCGGCCAGCAUUCUACCAUCAAAACGAUGACGUUGGUAGACCGCAAUUAACAGAUGCCCAGAAUUUUUGCAGACACUCAUGCCCUCAGACUAAUGCAGCAAGUGUUUUAUUGAAGCAACAAACAAUACACAAAAGACACAUUAAUAUACAAAAAUACAUCCAGACAUAG